UCUUUAAUUGAACACCAACCUUGAGUUAUCGAGUUUGCUCUCGUCCUAUCUCCCUCUCUCAGUCUCUCUCGCUCUCUGCCUCCGUCGAGGAAGGAUCCGGAGCUCCGAUUGUCCAGGCGUCUCUCUCGAUUCCGCAGAUCUCUAUCACGGAAUGCGAACCAUUCUUCUCGUCCGAUUUCGAAUUUCAAUUUGUUCUUCUGCUGUUUAGAUUUGGAUCUCCGGUUGGGGGGUACAUUGUUGGUCGGAGAUCGGAUUCUAUCCUUGCUUGUUGAGAUCCUAACCGAUCUCGGUUUCUCCCGCUGUAAUGGAGGCAAUAGAGGAGCUCACGCAAUUGGCGGAGUCGAUAAUGCUGGCGGCCGCUCUUCUUGCGGACGAGGACAUCGACGAGGGCUCCGCCUCGAAGAGGGCCUCUACUUUCCUUAAUGUCGCCGCUCUGGGAAAUGUCGGAGUAGGAAAAUCUGCUGUCUUGAAUAGUGUGGUCGGCCAUCCUGUUCUGCCGACGGGAGAGAAUGGCGCCACUCGUGCGCCGAUCAUAAUUGAUCUUGUGAGAGAUGUAUCCUUGAGCAGCAAAUCAAUAAUGUUGCAGAUAGAUAACAAAUCGCAGCAGGUUUCUGCGAGUGCUCUUAGACAUUCCCUUCAGGAAAGGCUGAGCAAGGGCACUGGAAGUCGUAGUUCAGGAAAGAACCGGGCAGAUGAGAUUUACCUGAAGCUUCGAAGUUGUACAGCUCCUCCGUUGAAAUUGAUCGAUCUGCCUGGAUUAGAUCAGCGGUCCAUGGAUGAGUCAGUAGUUGGUGAUUAUGCUGCACGAAAUGACGCAAUACUGAUGGUUAUUAUAGCAGCUGCUCAGGCAUCUGAUGUUACUUCUUCAAGAGCUCUUAGGAUGGCUAAAGAAUUUGAUGCAGAAGGAACUAGGACUGUCGGUAUCAUUAGCAAAAUCGAUCAAGCAGCUGGUGACCAGAAAAGUAUUGCUGCUGUUCAUGCUCUUUUGUUGAAUCAGGGACCGAAGAGUGCUUCUGAUAUUCCAUGGGUAGCUCUCAUUGGGCAAUCUGUGUCUAUUGCUUCAGCACAAGCAGGAGCAGUUGGGUCUAAUAAUUCACUGGAAACUGCUUGGAAUGCUGAGACUGAAAGUCUUAAAGCAAUACUUACUGGAGCUCCACAAAGCAAGCUUGGUAGAGUUGCUUUGGUGGAUACCCUUGCUAAACAGAUACGUGAAAGGAUGAAGAUCAGGCUUCCAAACCUUCUCACUGGAUUACAGGGUAAGUCCCAGAUUGUGCAGGAUGAAUUAUUCAAGCUUGGUGAGCAAAUGGCAAAUACUGCUGAAGGUACAAGGGCUAUUGCAUUGCAGCUUUGCCGAGAAUUUGAAGAUACAUUUCUGCAGCAUAUUUCUUCUGGUGAGGGUGCAGGUUGGAAAGUAGUUGCAACCUUCGAAGGAAACUUCCCUAACAAAAUUAAGCAGCUUCCGUUGGACAAGCAUUUUGAUAUAAACAACGUCAAACGUAUUGUGCUUGAAGCUGAUGGCUAUCAGCCAUAUUUAAUAUCUCCUGAGAAAGGUCUGAGGUCUUUAAUAAAGUGUGUUCUUGAACUUGCUAAAGAACCAUCAAAGCUUUGCGUAGAUGAGGUCCACCGGGUUCUGCUGGAUAUAGUUUCUGCCUCAGCAAAUGGUACCCCAGGACUAGGCAGAUACCCACCAUUUAAAAAAGAGGUGCUUGCAAUUGCAUCUGCUGCCUUGGAAAAUUUCAGGAAUGAGGCAAAGAAGAUGGUUGUUGCACUUGUUGACAUGGAACGAUCUUUUGUUCCUCCUCAACACUUUAUUCGACUUGUGCAACGCAGAAUGGAGAGGCAACGACGCGAAGAUGAGCUGAAGCACCAGUUGUCAACGAAGGCAAAUGAGGAAUCAAGCUCUCGGCCUGGGAUUCAGCAGACAGGUGGUAGCUUGAAAUCGAUGAAAGAUAAAACAAAUCAAUCCGACAAAGAUGCAAAAGAGGGCUCAUCCUUGCAGAUUGCUGGACCAUCUGGAGAAAUAACAGCAGGGUGGUUGCUAAAAAAAAGUGGAAAAGCAAGUGGCUGGAGCAAGCGAUGGUUUGUCCUCAAUGAGAAAAGUGGAAAACUUGGAUACACUAAAAGGCAAGAAGAAAAACAUUUUCGAGGCGUUAUCACUUUAGAGGAAUGCAACAUUGAAGAAGCUUCAGAAGAGGAAUCUCUUAAGGGUUCCAAAGAAUCAAAAAAAGCAAAUGGAUCAGAUAAACUUUCAAGUUUAGAUUUUAAGAUAACCAGCAAAGUUGCUUACAAGACGGUGCUUAAAGCGGAAAGUGCAUUAAUUUUCAGGGCUGAGAGCAUGGCGGACAAAGUUGAAUGGGUGAAUAAGAUAAUGAAUAUUUGCAAAUCUUCCAAGGAAAUUCCUUCUAAAGGCUCAUCUGGUCUUGAAGCUAGUACUUCGAUUAGACAAAGUCAUUCAGAUGGUUCACUUGACACUAUGGCUAGAAAACCAGCUGAUCCAGAAGAAGAACUUAGAUGGAUGUCACAAGAAGUCCGUGGUUAUGUCGAGGCUGUUUUGAAUAGUCUUGCUGCCAACGUUCCAAAGGCAGUUGUGCUUUGCCAAGUGGAGAAAACUAAGGAAGACAUGCUCAACCAGCUAUAUAGCUCCAUAAGUGCUCAAAGCAUAGCAAGGAUUGAAGAACUACUACUAGAGGACCAAAACGUUAAGCACCGAAGAGAGAAAUUCCAAAAGCAGCAGUCUCUGCUUUCAAAGAUUACACGCCAGCUUAGCGUUCAUGAUAACCGAGCAUCGGCAGCUAACUGGUCUAAUGGUGACACUGAAAUAGAAAGGAGCCCGAGGAGAAAUGCUGCUUCAGGUGAUGACUGGAGGUCGGCAUUUGAUGCCGGUUCCAAAGGGCCAGUCCGUGACUCGUUCAGGGGGUCACCCAGAUCAAAAAGUGCCGAUAGCCGUGGUAGUUUCCGGUCCAGCGACUCACCACAGAAUGGUGGCUCAGGUCUGAAUUCCGGUGACCGGCGAAUGCCAAACAGGCUACCUCCAGCGCCGCCUCAGGGCAGCUCUUCAGCCAACAGAUUCCUCUAGGCCACAACUUCAUCAUCAUGGAGUCAGCUGAGCCAGCACAUAUCCAAUUAGUCGGUAAAUCUAUUCUUUUUUAGUAAUCUUCCAUCGAAAGUCGGGUGUAUUUUAUUGACAGAGUACAAAGUAUCUGAUCAUCAUGCAUUCUUUUACAUGUGGAUGUGGAUGUGGAUGUGGAAUGAUGAGUCCAGCUCAAUCAAGUUUUAUAUUACUCAA